GUUUAGCUGUCUCUGUAACAGAGAGAACUGUUCACUUCAUUGCAGCUGCAUUACCUUGUUUGACACUCUUCAGCAUCUUUAACAGUGGAUUUUUUUUGUUUGGAAGUAUGAUAUCAAGAUUGGUCUUUCUCCUUUUCUGUGGACAUUUUGCACAAAUCCUUGGAAAUGCUGGGAAAUUGCCAAGAGUUAAAAAACAAAGCCUGAAAGUUCAGAUCAAUGUAACCAAUGAUGCAGUGUGCAUGAGAUACAUCCAUCCAACUCCAAGCACUAAACUGGAAGGUUUUAUCCUGGGGUAUGGAAGCAGCUUCUUCUCUAACCAGUAUAUUCCCCUACCAUCUAAUGGAAAAAUGUACAUAACAGAAGUUGAUGCAGAGCCAAGAUACUUGAUUGUAGUGAGACCAGCACCCGUUCCUAAUAACAAGAAAUCCUGCUCAGGUAUUUCUAAAGGUAAAACAAAGAAACCCAAACCCCUUCAACUGGUAAUAGGCACUUUAACUCCAACAUCUGUCUUCCUAUCCUGGGGGAUAUUAGUCAAUCCAAAGCAUGACUGGACCACAAUGAAUAACUGUCCAAAUGACAGAUUUUAUACAGUGCGCUACAGAGAAAAGGACAAGAGUAAGAAGUGGAUCCUGCAGCUUUGUCCAUCUACAGAAACAGUGGUGGAUAAUUUGAAACCCAACACUAUUUAUGAAUUUGGAGUGAAAGACAAUAUAGAUGAUGGGAUCUGGAGUAAGAGUUUCAUUCAUAAAGUGGUCAUUCCUGGUAAAAACAAAGAAAAUGGACAGCUCCAGAACAACUACAAGUUCCCUAAAAUCCAUACACAGUUUAUACCAGAUUCAAAAACUCUUGUUCCAGUUAAAGUAAUCAAACAAGUUCUUCAAAAUAUUACACAUCGGACACAGUCUGAAAUUCUACAGAGGCCUCCUUUAUCAGGACCAAUAUUAGUGCACCUUAUUAUUCCUGAUUUCAAUGCAACAAAAGAGAAACCUCCAUCUUCCUCAAGGUUCGAUAUAUUUGAAAAACCAAAACAAAUUCUAGCUAAGAACAAAACUCAAGAAUGGCUCCCAGAAUCAAAGAUAUCAGAAGUCAAAGAAAUCACCCCCAAAUCCCAGAUUGAUUUGGAAAAGAGUAAAUCUACAGCUGCUGGUGUCUCAAAAGAUUCUACAGUCAGUCAAGAUUUGGAAAAGAGUAAAUCUACAGCUGCUGGUGUCUCAAAAGAUUCUACAGUCAGUCAAGCUCACACUGAAAGUGAACUGGAAUCUUCAACACCUAGCAAAGCUCCCAUGACUGAAAUGCCACCUGUCACAUUGGAUCUGCGCAAGUUUCUAGGAAUUCCAAAAGCAAGACCAUCUCCUACACCUCACAUGCCCACAGAAUCAUCGGUUUUAAAGAAAAUGCAGCCAGUUCCUUCAGAAUCCGAAACACCUGUUCUAAAGACUAUACAGACAAAAGCAGCAGUAACAGAUGAACCCACUUUGGAAUCUUUCCCAUACAAAACAUCUAAAACUCUUGACUGGCCAAGGGCAACUCUGGUCUCUACUCUACCAUCUCUGAAGCAAAACAUACCUAAAAUAUCUAGGAUCACUGAAAAAUUAAAAGCAUCUCCAGCAGAAAAAGAAUCACAAGAGAAAACCACUGCAUCUAGCAUUUUUAAAACCCCAGAAUUGCCAAGAACAACAAUGGUUCCCAGGGGGCAAAAAUUCCCUGUUUCCAAGCCCCAACUCCUUCCCCAUCUGGAAGAGCCAAAGAUUACACUGGCAGUUACCAACAAAUUGAUUCCACUUCCUGAUGCAACAAAGAUAUCUGUCACUGAUGGACAUCCAGUGGCAACAAUGGCUUCAAAAGAAAUAAACCCUGUUCCAUCAAAGUCUAAAGAAUUCGACUAUACUAAGCCAGAAGAACCAGACAGGAAACUUGCUUCUUAUAAACCAAGCCCAGUUCCACCAAGGUUUAAAGAACCUGUAUACAUCAUGCCAGAAGUACCAGACAGGAAACAUGUUUCAACUGAGGAUGAUCAUUAUCUUCCUAAAGUCUUGACCACACCAGAACUUCCUAUUACCAAAUCUGUUUCUUAUGAAUCAAGUCCUGUUCCAUCAAAAUUUAAAGAAUCCGGCUACAUCUUGCCAGAAGUACCAGACAAGAAACCUGUUUCAGCUGACUAUGAUAAUUGCCUUCUUAAAGUCUUCACCACUCCAGAACUCCAAAUUACCAAACAUGCUUCUUAUAAACCAAGCCCGGUUCCGCCAAAGUUUAAAGAACCCGAGUCCAUCAUGCCAGAAGUACCAGACAGGAAACAUGUUUCAACUGAAGAGGAAAAUUAUCUUCCUAAAGUCUUGACCACAACAGAACGUCCAAUUACCAAACCUGCUUCUUAUGAAGAAAGCUCUGUUCCAUCAAAAUUUAAAGAACCCGGCUACAUCAUGCUAGAAGAACCAGACAGGAAAGCUGUUUCAGCUGAGGAUGAUAAUUAUCUUCCUAAAGUCUUGACCAUAACAGAACUUCCAAUUACUAAAUCUGCUUCUUAUAAACCAAGCCUGAUUCCCCCAAAGUUUAAAGAACCUGACUAUGGCAUGCCAGAAGUACCAGACAGGAAACAUGUUUCAACUGAAGAUGAUAAUUAUCUUCCUAAACUCUUGACCACAACAAAACUUUCAAUUACCAAGCAUGUUUCAACUGAGGAUGAUAACUAUCUGCCUAAAGUCUUGACCACGCCAGAACCUCCUAUUACCAAAUCUGUUUCAACUGAAGAUGAUAAUUAUCUUCCUAAAGUCUUGACCACGCCAGAAUUUCCAAUUACCAAACCUGUUUCAACUGAAGAUGAUAACUAUCUUCCUAAAGUCUUGACCACGCCAGAACUGCUAAUUACCAAACCUGCUUCUUAUAAAUCAAGCCCGAUUCCGCCAAAGUUUAAAGAACCUGAAUACACCAUGCCAGAAGUACCAGACAGGAAACAUGUUUCUUAUGAACCAACUUCCAUUCCUUCCAAAGUUAAGGAACCUGACUAUAUACUGCCAGAAGUACCAGAAAGGAAACAUGUUUCAACUGAAGAUGACAAUUAUUUUCCUAAAAUCUUGACCACAACAGAACGUCCAAUUACCAAACCUGCUUCUUAUAAACAAAGCUCUGUUCCAUCAACAUUUCAAGAACCCAGCUACAUCCCACCAGAAGUACAAGACACAAAACAUGUUUCAACUGAAGAUGAUAAUUAUCUUCCUAAUGUCUUGACCACAACAGAACUUCCAAUUACCAAACCCGCUUCUUAUAAACCAAGCCCGGUUCCGCCAAAGUUUAAAGAACCCGAGUCCAUCAUGCCAGAAGUACCAGACAGGAAACAUGCUUCUUAUAAACCAAGCUCUGUUCUGCCAAAGUUUAAAGAACCUGAGUCCAUCAUGCCAGAAGUACCAGACAGGAAACAUGUUUCAACUGAAGAUGAUAAUUAUCUUCCUAAUGUCUUGACCACAACAGAACUUCCAAUUACCAAACCCGUUUCAACUGAAGAUGAUAAUUAUCUUCCUAAAAUCUUGACCACAACGGAACGUCCAAUUACCAAACCUGUUUCUUAUAAACCAAGCUCUGUUCCAUCAACAUUUAAAGAACCCAGCUACUUCCCACCAGAAGUACCAGACACAAAACAUGUUUCAACUGAGGAUGAUAAUUAUCUUCCUAAAGUCUUGACCACACCAGAACUGAUAAUUACCGAAUCUGCUUCUUAUAAACCAAGCCCGGUUCCGCCAAAGUUUAAAGAACCCGAGUCCAUCAUGCCAGAAGUACCAGACAGGAAACAUGUUUCAACUGAAGAUGAUAAUUAUCUUCUUAAUGUCUUGACCACAACAGAACUUCCAAUUACCAAACCCGCUUCUUAUAAACCAAGACCUGUUCUGCCAAAAUUUAAAGAACCCGAGUCCAUCAUGCCAGAAGUACCAGACAGGAAACAUGUUUCAACCGAGGAUGAUAAUUAUCUUCCUAAAGUCUUCACCACGCCAGAACUGCUAAUUACCGAAUCUGCUUCUUAUAAACCAAGCCCGGUUCUGCCAAAGUUUAAAGAAACCGAGUCCAUCAUGCCAGAAAUACCAGUCAGGAAACAUGUUUCAACUGAAGAUGAUAAUUAUCUCCCUAAAGUCUUGACUACAACAAAACAUCCUAUUACCAAACCUGUUUCUUAUGAACCAACUUCCAUUCCUUCCAAAGUUAAGGAACCUGACUAUAUCCUUCCUGAAGUACCAGACAGGAAACAUGUUUCAACUGAAGAUGAUAAUUAUCUUCCUAAAAUCUUGACCACAACAGAACAUCCAAUUACCAAACCUGUUUCUUAUAAACCAAGCCCUGUUCCAUCAACAUUUAAAGAACCCAGCUACAUCACACCAGAAGUACCAGAUACAAAAUAUGCUUCUUAUAAACCAAGCCCGGUUCUGCCAAAGUUUAAAGAACCUGAGUACAUGAUGCCAGAAGUACCGGACAGGAAACAUGUUUCAACUGAAGAUUAUAAUUAUCUUCCUAAAGUCUUGUCCACAACAAAACGUCCAAUUACCAAACCUGUUUCAACUGAGGAUGAUAAUUAUCUUCCUAAAAUCUUGACCAGAACAGAACUCCCAAUUACCAAACCUGCUUCCUAUGAAUCAAUCCCUGCUCCAUCAAAAUUUAAAGAACCUGACUCUAUCCUUUCAGAAGUACGAGACAGGAAACAUGUUUUGGAACCUAUUACGUUUAGCAAUGAACUUCCAAUAGUAGAUACAAAGACCAAGCAUCAUAUUUCCAUCACUAAAACAACAAUCAACCCAUUGCUACUACCAAAAUCUGAUAUUGGUGCAGAUGUAGAAGAGGUUAUUUUUAAAACUGAACAAGCAAAAUCAUCAACAGCUCCUAAGGAAACACAUCAAGUUCCAACCAGACCAAAAACUUCUUCCAGUCCUGAUAUAACCCCAACCAAAUCCAGUCUAAAUGUCAAACAUCAUGAUCCAUCCAAACCUAAAAGUCCUCCUGGUCAAAAAACACAGCAAUCAAAACCAGAUCCAAAAGAAACACGACUUCUUCCUUCAAAACCAAAACCAUCAGACAAACAAGAAAAAAACAAGACUAAACCUGGUUCAUCUAAACUGAACAACAAAGUGACAGUCACCAAAACUCCACAUUUGAAAAAAGUUGUCCACAGAACAACACCAGCCCCUCCUAGAACUAGAACACCAGGAGGACCAUCCUGGAGUAAAAAACCAAGAGGUGAGAAAUUAACAAAUGAAGAUGUUGCAAAGCCUCUCCAUCCAAGCUCUAGUACUAAGUCUAGUAUACCAAUAGAUUCCACAGUUGUAAGAAAAAAACCAGAUCCAGUAGCUACAUUACCUGGUUCUCCACGACCUCCUUUAGCUCCUGCCAGACCUACACCAAUACGAAGAAAACCAUUGCCACCCAACAAUGUGACUGGUAAACCUGGCCGUUCAGGAAAUGUCUUGAUGCCACGAGCAUCUUCAAUUCUCACAACGUCUAUAGCAAAACCCACUUGGCCAAGUUCCCUUGUGAAAACAAAUUCACCUAAAAAGCUACCUACAGCAGCAGCGUCUCCAGAUUACAAUAAUCCAAUGUUCAGUUCUAUCCCUACAUCAGAUACUGAUAUUGCAGGCACACCAAGGUAUACAGGUGAUCAUGUGAAAUACCUGAAAAAAAAAGAUGAUGAACCUUGUUCUAUCACAGAUACUAUACAACACUUUCCAUCUGAUAUGGAGGACAACAGUGACAUGGCUACUAGUGCCCCCCAAAAACCUCCUACGAAUCUCACAGUGGUGACUGUUGAGGGAUGUCCAUCUUUUGUGGUACUGGAUUGGAAAAAACCAGAAAAUGAAACUGUAACAGAAUAUAAAGUUGUAUCAACAGAAAAUGGAGGCACAGUUGGAAAAGAUAAGUCCAUUAUAACCACAAAUCAAACCCAUUCUACAGUGGAAAACCUGAAACCUAACACGAGCUAUGAAUUUGUUGUGAUACCUAGCAACCCUCUUGGGGAAGGUCCAAGCAGUGAAUCAAAGCCAUUUAGAACAGAAUCAGCUGACCCAAGAGUGACAGAAUCUAUUUCAAUGGGGAAAGAUGCGAUUUGGACCGAAGUGAGCUUUAAUUCUGAUGACUAUUCUGAAUGUAAGGGAAAACAGUAUGUCAAGAGGACUUGGUACAAGAAGUUUGUGGGGGUUCAAUUGUGUAACUCCCUUCGAUAUAAAAUUUACCUCAGUGACACACUUACAGGCACAUUUUAUAAUAUAGGAGAUCAGAGAGGACAUGGAGAAGAUCAUUGUCAAUUUGUGGAUUCAUAUUUUGAUGGCAAGACAGGGCAAAUGCUUCCAUCAGAUCAACUGCCUACCAAAGAUGGUUAUUUUAGAGCUGUUCGUCAGGAGCCUGUUCAUUUUGGAAAAAUAGGAGCUGGAACGCACAGUACUUAUGUUAAUUGGUAUGAGUGUGGAACUACAAUACCUGGAAAAUGGUAGAACAAGAAACAAACUGAUGCUCCAUGCUCAGAGAAAAGUUUGUUGUGAUAUUACAAACUGAAAUCUAGCAAGAAUACCGCGUUAACUUUCAAUAGCAUUGGCUGCUUAAUUAUAAAUGUUCAGAUUUACAGUUAUAUUGCAGAAAGAAAUAUCAUAAAGUGAUGUCUUGGGAAGCUGGCUCCCUAAUAGUUUCUUAUAUUAUCUACUUAUUGUAAAAGGUGUAGUUUAUUUUUUACUAUUGUUGUGAUAUUUUGAGGCACCUUUACUGAAAAGCUGAUAAAAAAAAAUCUUCUGAAUUGUAUUAAUGUACAUUGCCAAUAGUCACAUUCUACUACUUUCCAAACUCACUUAAAUUAUUCUCUCAGUUAAUUUCUGGACAUUUUUACUACUUUAUAAAAAAUCAAAUCCAUUUGAAAAGUUGCAGAUUUUAUUCGAACAUUAGAUAAAAUUGACACCACCUCAGAUUUCUUCAAUUAAAAUAUCAUUCAGGAAAAAAGAAUCAUGUUAACUGAACCCAUACCAAUAACCAUUCUUCUAUCCUAAAUAUAUGACCAAUCUUUAAAAUUGUGCAAGAGCUCCUCAAUCAAUGCAAGGGAGAUUUCAGUUCAAUGGUACACACUUUUAUUCUGUAUUCCCAGUACACAUUGGAUUAUAGCAACAAACGUUUAUAAAAUGGCAUUAAAAUUGGUUGUAUGUCAGAAAGUUAUUGGUUUUGAUAGAAUUUACUGGUAUGUGUAUAAAUAAUACUGUAAUGGCUGUUCUAUUUUUGUCUCCCACCAGAAAUUGAACUAAUUCAUGGUAAACAUACACAUAUGCACACAACCUAUUUACAGGAGGAAAAUAUAUUGCUACAGUGAAAUAAAGAUUCAAAACCCUUCCUAUUUUUUGCUGUUGUUAAUGUUAGAAUAUUUCUCAAAAAUACUGUGUACUCUGGUAUAUAUAUCUGAAUACAAAGUACACAUGCCAUUUAAAAAGGCUACAUUAAGUAUUUCAGAGAACAGAUUUUCCUUCUUUAAGUAUACGGCAGAUUCAAUCAUUUACUUCUUGAAGCUGCUUUGUGGGAAAUGUGUAUAUUCAGAUUGACGGUGUAAAUCAUAUCAAGAAUGUAAUCAGACAGUUUUAUUUCAAUUAAACAUGGAGAAAUGUGGCCUAGUGUGUUGUAUAGAAGACUGUCAAAAGAUAUCCAAAGUACAUGUAUUUAAAAAAUGUUUUGUUUCAUAUAAAACUGAAAAGUAAUGCGAUCUGCUUUAUGAAAUGGAAAAUGAGGACUGUUUUUGAAAAUAAUUUAGCUAUUCCCUACAUAAAAUGCUAUAUUUGUAUGACUUAAACAUUUAAACAUUAUAAAGAGAUGUAAGUUUUAAUGUAUGAAAAUGUAAGAAACACAAGGAAUAUUGGUUUGGUUGUUUACAGAAAAUAGUACACUGCAGGUACAUUGUACUCUUAAUAAAUAAAUAUUUUUAAUCAUUAGUAUUUAUUAUUGAUAUAUUCAGCCUACACAAAGCUAAAGUUAUCUGAUUUGAAAUGUUAAGAUUUAUUCUUUGAAAAAAGGUGACAGUCGGAAUUAUUUUGAAGAUAAUCCAUACUCCCAUUUUUUUAAAAAAAAAUAUAGAAUCCAUUAGAAGGCUUUUCAGUGUCUUUCAGAUCAUUUUGAAAUAAUGCAGACACGUGGGACAAUAUUGCUUUAAAUUAUCUGAUGACAAAAUCAAAACGUAUAAAACCCUACUUCAUGAGCUUUUUAAGAUAUAAACUAUAUUGAGACCCCAUCUCAAAGGUCAUUUAGAAGAGUUUCAAAAUUUCACAAGCUUAUCCACAGAAAAUUGAAGGGCUUGACAAUUAUGUAUUAUAUAAUAAGUGUCAUUCGAAAAAAAUUUGCCUGUAUAUAGAAUAUGUACACUGAAAGCUGGAGGAGUUAUGUGAAUUGUGUGUAGUUAUAAGAGACAGAACACAGGUAUUUGGAGUUAUCAAAAAAAGUGUCCAAAUGAUUCUUGUAGGAAUGCUUAUGGGCAGCAUUUUAGUUCAUUUUUGGGAUUUUGAAACUUGUUUGUUAUCAGUUUGCCUUGGCAAAAAGUCAUAUCAGAUACUAAUUAUCAUUAAUUCCUUUUAUUUACAACAUAUCCAAAAACCAAUAUAAUGAAGAAAACUGUAGUCUAUAAAGGACACUAAUUUAGCAAUUGCAUUUUGUGCUAUCUGAAAGUCCUAAACACCUUUCAAGGACAGCAUCAUGAUACAUCUAAUUUAAAGCAUGACUAGUUAAAACUAGGUAAAAGCAUUCCAAUUCUCUGAAAUUGGGCUAUUAGAGUACAGUAUGUGCAAGUUGUAAAUCUUUACUCAGAACAAAUUCCACUGAAAGUCCUGUGGUGGCUUCUUUAUUGGCAACAAAGUCUCUUAUGUUAUUUGAACUGAGACUCAAUUUGUUAACCCGUGUUCAAUUUUUGGAAGCUGAUAACCAGUUGUAAAUUCCAUAAUAUUUUGGCAUCAAGUAGGAAAAAAAGAAAUAAUCAGGAUAUUAUUAGCAUAACCACUGUAAUAAAACAUUAUACAGUGAGAGCUUAAUCUGAAAAGGGGGGAGUAGAUUGGUUCUACUGUUUAUUGUGGGGAAGCCAGAUCCAAUUAGCUUGUUGAUUCAGUUUGAUUAUAUGAAGCAGACACUUGACAAGGUAGACACUAUGGACUGGCACUUGCUAAGACCAAGGAGUAUAUAUCCCUUAAGAAAUAAGUGUGUAAUUGACACCAACAUGCCCUGAGUGGUUCUGAGCAUCUUCUAGCAGCUUCAUUCAAGCUAGGGAUGAUUGUUUUGAUCCAUGUUCAAUAUAAAAUGUGUGAAAUACAUGUAAUGAUACGUAAGAAACAUCUUGAGACGGGACAGAUGCUGCCUGGGGAUUAUAGUACGUCUGCUUAAUGGGUGAAGAAUGAGACUCAGAAGGGCCAUCUUCCCGAUCUUCUCAGACUUUGAAAGAAAUGGCAGCAGAUUUGCAUUUUUAUAAUUAGAAUAUUUGUUAAUGUAGCCUUACAAUAAAGUAGAAUUAGCUGAUCUGGUUAUGUUUCCUGUUCUGGUUUAACUGGGAGGGCUGACAUGCAUAAAGCUUCUCUCAAAACUAGAUCAGAAAUUUUAAACUUAAAUGUUGGGUGUCUCAGAUUACAUUCUAUUGUGCCAGUUGCACUGGCUACCAGUUUUCUUCCCAGUGCAAUUCAAAAUGGUAUAUUACCUAAAGUUUUAAAGGCACAGGAUUAGCUGAUUUGCAGAACUGCCUCUCACUUGAUAAUACCUGCCUGUCAUACUAGACUGAAUAGGAUGGGCAUGUUCCACGUCUGCCAUGUAGUAGGAUCUAUGAAAUAGGAUCUAUGAAUUUAUCAUUUUCCAAACCUGUUACUGCUUUAUGGAACACCCUCCCCCAGGUAUUCUAGCAGGCCCCAACCCUUUUAGCUCUCCAGGUCAACAAGACUUGGCCCUUUACCAAAAAGUGGGAGUCAUAGGGUAGUUGUUGGAUACCUUGGGAUGAUGAUUGAGGAAUCAAGUUUUUAGUUUUUUCUUAUUGUUGUCAUGUUUUUGGUAUUGUUAUAAGCUUCCCACAGUUGUACUCUAAUUUGCAUGGCCACAGAAAUCUUUUAAAUAAAUCAAUAAGUAAACUUUCUUUAAACAAGAUAUAUUUAAGUAAUCAUUAUGGUUCGUGGAAAGAAGAGCUGAUUGUUAAGAUUCAAAAUAGGUAUGGUGGAAAAGAAAGAAUACAAUACGCAGGUAAAAAUCAUUAGAUGCAUACAAAAUCUGGAUCUCUCAUAUGCCAAAUCAAAGUGCAAGAAGACAGGCACAAGAUAAAAUGGAAUAAACACUGAUACUAAAAAGUAGUUCUAGGGCAGAGUGGGGGAAAUUUACCAAGGACUUAUGCUGAAAUUCUGGGAUAUGCUGUAAUGGACAAGCAUAUUCAGCGUUGUGAAAAUAAACUUUUAAAAAUAUGUUUACUAAAAGAUAGAUGCUAAAGACAGUAUGAAUUAGUUGCCUACUUUUUAGUUACCAUGUAGUUUUUCUUCCCUUCAAUAUUUUAGAUCUAAUUUUAAGAUUGUUCUCCAUUAAGUUCAUGUACUUUUAUAUAACAGAUUAAAAAUAAUACAGCUUUUAAUAAACCAUUGUAGUCCUAGCAAUGUUAUGGGCUUGAUAUAGAAAAUGUUGAAUAGGGACAUCUGAAUAGAAUUCAA